CCCGCGGCCUCUCCCGGCGCGCCUUGUUCUUCCUGGAUACUGAGGCCCCGACGCGGCAGUCGCGAGGGCGGGGGUCGGGGCUGCAGGCGCGGCAGGGCCGGGUGGGGUCGCGCGACGCGCCUGCCUGCUUCCUGCACGGGUAGUCCCCAAGCACUGGGGGGCCCCAGCCCAAAGCGGACCUUGACUACCGCCCAGCCCCGCGCUCCAGGACCUCCCGCCCGCGGAGCCCACUCGGAUUGCUCUUCGUCUGGGUCAGCGGAGGCCCCGUCUCCCGUACUCGGCGCUGGGACUGCUCCGCACCGGGCGGCUCCCUUUAAGCAGCUGCGGGAGCAUGCGGAGGAGGCCCUGCCGGCCCCGCGGGUCAUGGAGGAGUUCCGGCGCUCCUACAGCCGCCUGUGCAGGGAGAGUGGGGCCGAGCCCCAGGAGGCUGUCCUGCAGCAGCUGCACCAGCUUCCCAGGGGCCGGCUGGACCUGGCCACGCAGAGCCUGACGGUGGAGACCUGCAGGGCCCUGGGCAAGCUGCUGCCGAGGGAGAUGCUGUGCACGGAGCUGGUCCUGAGUGACUGCAUGCUCAGCGAGGAAGGGGCCACACUGCUGCUCCGAGGCCUGUGUGCCAACACCGUGCUGCGCUUUCUGGACUUAAAGGGCAACAACCUUCGGGCCGCAGGGGCCGAGGCUCUGGGAAGACUCCUCCGACAGAACAAGUCCAUUCAGAGCCUUUCGCUGGAGUGGAACAGCCUGGGCACGUGGGACGAUGCCUUUGCCACCUUCUGCGGGGGCCUGGCGGCCAACGGCACCCUGCAGCAGCUGGACCUCCGCAACAACCAGAUCAAUCACAAGGGCGCUGAGGAGCUGGCCCUCGCCCUGAAGGGCAACACCACCCUCCAGCAGCUGGACCUGCGCUGGAAUAACAUUGGCCUCCUGGGAGGCCGGGCCCUCAUGAACUGUCUCCCCAGCAACAGAACCCUGUGGAGGCUGGACCUGGCUGGGAACAACGUCCCCGGAGAUGUCCUCAGAGCCGUGGAGCAAGCCAUGGGCCACAGCCAGGACCGGCUCACCACCUUCCAGGAGAACCAAGCCCGCACUCAUGUCCUCAGCAAGGAGGUCCAGCACCUCCGGGAGGAGAAGUCCAAGCAGUUUCUGGACUUGAUGGAGACCAUUGAUAAGCAGCGGGAAGAGAUGGCCAAGAGCAGCAGUGCGUCGGCAGCCCGUGUAGGACAGCUUCAGGAAGCCCUGAAUGAGAGGCACUCCAUCAUCAACGCUCUCAAGGCCAAGCUGCAGAUGACGGAGGCCGCCCUGGCUCUGUCAGAGCAGAAGGCCCAGGACCUGGGGGAACUCCUGGCCACAGCGGAGCAGGAGCAGCUGAGCCUAUCGCAGAGGCAGGCCAAGGAGCUCAAGCUGGAGCAGCAGGAAGCUGCGGAGCGGGAGUCUAAGCUCCUCAGAGACUUGUCUGCUGCCAAUGAAAAGAACCUGCUUCUGCAAAGCCAGCUUCCCUCUCUCGUGCCGGCUUUCCAGGUAGAGGAGUUGGAGCGGAAGGUCAGGUGUCAGCAGGAGCAGCUGUUCCAGACCAGGCAGGAACUGACCAGCACAUCAGCCGAGCUGAAGAUGCGGGCCAUCCAGGCCGAGGAGCGCCUGGACAUGGAGAAGAGAAGGUGCAGACAGAGCCUGGAGGACUCAGAAAGCCUGCGCAUCAAGGAGGUGGAGCACAUGACCCGGCACCUGGAGGAGAGUGAGAGGGCCAUGCAGGAGCGGGUGCAGAGGCUGGAGGCUGCUCGGCUGUCCCUGGAAGAGGAGUUGGGCCGAGUGAAAGCAGCGGCACUCAGCGAGCGUGGCCAGGCGGAGGAGGAGCUGAUCAAGGCCAAGAACCAGGCCCACCUGGAGGAGCGACAGCGUCUGGCUCACCUGGAGGACAAGCUGCGACUGCUGGCGCAGGCACGGGACGAGGCGCAGGGCGCUUGCCUGCAGCAGAGGCAGGCGGUGGCCGAGGCCCAGACCCGGGCCAGCCAGCUGGGCCUGCAAGUCGAGAGCCUGCGGCGGCGCCUGGAAGAGCUGCAGCAGGAGCUGAGCCUCAAGGACCAGGAAAGGGUGGCCGAGGUGAGCAGGGUGCGCGUGGAGCUGCAGGAGCAGAACGGCCGGCUGCAGGCAGAGCUGGCGGCUCAGGAGGCGCUGAGGGAGAAGGCGGCGGCCCUGGAGCGCCAGCUGAAAGUGAUGGCGAGCGACCACCGAGAGGCGCUGCUGGACAGGGAGAGCGAAAACGCGUCUCUCCGGGAGAAGCUGCGGCUCCGGGAGGCGGAGAUCGCCCGCAUCCGGGACGAGGAGGCCCAGAGAGCGAGCUUCCUGCAGAACGCCGUCCUGGCUUACGUGCAGGGGUCCCCCGUGAGGACCCUAAGCCCCCCAAAGUGAGGCAGGCCGGGAGGACCCGGGCGCAGUAGGAGUACAUCAGGCGGCGCCCGAGAUUUCUUGGACCGGGGGCCGCCUCCCGCCCGGGCCGCCCCUUGAGACCCGGGUCGUCUGUUCCACGCGGGGGUUGCAGCGACUGGAGGUGGUGCCGCGGCUGCCGGGCGAUCCCGUGGGAGGCGCCUGGGAAGGGCUCCCUCGCUGCCCCUUCCCGGUCGACGCCACCUGGAAGCGCACCGGGAAGGGAUCCCGCGGGCGCGUCUCCCCCUCGCCUUUUGCGAUGUCAUCGUGAACGCUGCGGCUGCCUGCGCGCGGCGGGGUUUGGAAAUACAGCGCGUUUGCACUUUGUGAUA